ACAUGGCGUCCGGAAGGCGACCUGAACAUCAAGCACCACCAGAAGUGGUAAGAAUUUUGUAAUGCUGUCCACUUCUUUUACGUAUUUUAUCUAGAAUAAAGGAAUUUGGGCCUCAAUCAUCUUUUUGCCUUUUUCUCCAGUUUUAUAAUGACGAUGAAGCCCGCAAAUACACAUCAAAGUGAGUGGAAUCUUUUAUUUACUAACACGUAGCACGUGUGUUCAUUUGCAACCGGGGGUUGAAUCUAUCAAUCUUCAAUUUCUGGGGUGAUCAUCGCGCUAUGUGGGUUUUUUAAUUCUAGAUAACGACCGUAGGAGCUAGUAUGGCGCCUUUAGGGUAAACUUACAUGUGUCUUAUGAUAUAACUAGCUCAGUAAACUCUUUAAACCCAAACAACCCAAAUAGAAGUCAUCUUCAGAGUCAAGUGAAUGGUUGUGGUUAGUCAGAUGUCCUAAAUCUGGUUCAUAUAAACUGAUUGAUCAGUCUUGCCGUGAUGUUAUUGGAUGAUGUUGUCUUUGACGUUUGUCAGUGUAGUGAUGCACGACCAAUCUCGACUGACUUACACUACUUGAGUGUUACAGCCAAUAGCACCAAGCAAGGCCGACCAAUCAGUUUAUUCGAAUGGGAGUUAGAACAUUUGACUGACCACAAGCAUUCAUGUCAUUCCAAUGAUGACUUCCACUCAGGACUACCAACACCAGUCCUUCUCCUGACCACAUUCACCUGGAGGAUCAGACUACACUAUCAAAUGUUAACCCCAGGUUCAAACUAUUUACUGUAAUCUCAACAUAGUCUUGAUGUCAUACCUAUCAAGUGGGAGAGUGUUAUUUUCCGUAUAAUAUUUUACUUCAUCACUGUCAAGUCCCAUAAUACAUGUACAUGUAUUUAAUAUGGAAAAUUAUCAUACUUUGUAAUUUCAGCACAAGAAUGAUUGAGAUUCAAGUCCAACUUUCUCAGAGGGCAAUAGAGCUGUUAGAUUUGCCAGAGGAUCAACCUAGUUUUCUUCUGGACAUAGGGUACUGCAAUACAAUUCUAAUGUAAAUUAUAUAUGACUAUUUCAGCAUGCAAAUAGUUUAUUUGACAGUUGCCUCCUCUAGGAGUGGGUAAAGCUUUUACUGCAUGUUCAAAUUUUUUUUGUUUUACCUUUUUUUUGCUAAAAUAAAUUAUUACAGCUGAUCUCAACAUGACUUUGACUCAUUUUAUGUUUUUGGAACAUUUACUCAAUUUCCUAGCUUUGGUUUAGUAUAUCAUUAGAUGUUUUACCACUUGGAGCUGUAAUCAAUGUAUUAUUUAGAGUAAUUUGCAUCAACCAUUUUAAUAGUGUGUCCCUUCACUUCAUUUUCCAUGUCACUUCUUCCUCUCAUGGUAAAUACAUAAAUAUGAAGUGUUUUAUUUCUUUUCUUUCUUCUUUUGUAGCUGUGGAUCUGGUUUAAGUGGUGAAGUGUUGACAGAGCUGGGUCAUCAGUGGGUUGGCUUAGAUAUCAGUCCAGCAAUGCUUGGUAAACAUGAUUGAUAAGGACAGAACCACUUAAAUUUUGUUAUCUAAAGGGUGUUUGUUUGUUUGAUUGUUUUAUUUUUUGCAUGUCAAUGCAUACUUUGAGUUUCCCAGUAGGUUUAUUUGCAAUUCUUCUCUCUCACAAGCAGCUACAGAAAUCUUCAAUUUGCUUCUCAGAAAACUUAUGUGAUGGAGCACAUUUACAAUGUAAAUGUAGCAAGAUAAUGUCCUGUUUGAAUCUCCAUCUACAAGGCAGUAUAUCCUUAUGGCUUCUUUUUUAAAUUAAAUUACUGAGUAUUUAAUUUUUUAGUAUAAAGUGUGUUUGCUCAUGUGUCAAGUGGCUAUAUUUGUUUGUCUAAACAAAAAUCUUUUACUGGUAUUACAUUGUAGGAAGAAGGUGCUUUAUUCUGAAAGCAUUGAUUCAGUCCUCCUUUAAGGUGGAUGUGAUGUCUGGAGUGAAUUGCCUUCUCAUUGGUGGAUAUUUUUCACUUAAUUUUGGCAGAUGUAGCAGUUGAAAGAGAAGUAGAAGGAGAUUUGUUUCUUCAUGACGUAGGACAGGGUCUUUGUUUCAAACCUGGAACAUUUGAUGGAUGCAUAAGGUUUGGCCAUAGCUUAUGGUUUAUUGCUAUGUCACCACUGAUAAACCCUUUGCACCCAAAGAUCAGUGUUCAUAUUCUCCAUACUGUUCUCUGUACAUUAACUAAGAUGUUGACAAGGAGAAUUUGUUUAAACAUUGUGAACUUCUUCAAUUGGUGAUCAUUUCCUUUAUUUUUAUUGCAUUGUGUUUGGUUCAUGGGUGAUAUUUUAAGGUGAAAUUGGAUGCUAGUCACUCUUAGAUGUUAAAUGGUUAAAGCAGCAUCUACAGAAUGUACUUGUUACGACUCAAGCAGUGACAAGAAUAAUAUUUGUCUGUUAUAAUGUAGUUAACAAUCUGUAUCAUCAUUAGCUGGAUUUUUAUUUUUAUUUUUCAAUGUUACUUCAUAGAAUAGUGCAGUACUCUGGUAGAUGCUUCAAUCUUUUAACUCCCAAGAUCUGGUUAUUAAUUCUCCCCUCCAGCUGCUACACAUUUCCCUGUAAAUUAUUUAUGAGAAGUUGAUGUUAGAUCAAGAAAACAAAUUUUACCUGAUAAGUUUGAGCAUUCCCAUUACCAGUUUGUUGGAUUAUGUAUGGAUGUUUUAGGGAGAAGUUACAUGUUGAUCAUGUCUGGGAGUUUAAGGGUUAAUUGGCUGAGGAAAGAUUCAGUAACUGUUGUAACUUACUGUAUCACGAGCUUUGCAAACCCAAAUCUUCUUUGCUGGUCCAUUAGUGGCCUCAAGUGUCACCAAUGUUCAAAAGACUAGUGGUAUAAAAUGUAAUAUCAUUUGUCUUUUUUUUUUUUCCCUUAAAGCAUAUCUGCUCUUCAGUGGCUUUGUAAUGCUGACAAAAAGGGACACAAUCCUGCUAAAAGGCUCUACAAAUUUUUCAGUUCACUUUACAGUUCAAUGGUGAGUUUGAAAAGGUUUAUAUUCCUCCAUAAUUUUGUUUGUUUAUCUAGCUUAGCAUUUGAGCCAGUACCUCAAACUUAACCUCUGAUCUGAAGACACUCUCAGUAACAUAAAAAAAUUACCAUUCCCAUGAGUUUAUUCUGUAUGACUGUCAAUCCAGUGAUGAUUGAGUUAAAAGGUGUUAGGAAGAAUAUCUUACUGAGGGUCACAAGAACAGUUUACCACAUUUUGCAACCAUUAGUAUUGGUCAGAUGUCAUUAAGAAAUAUAUUUAAAAUAAGGUGAAUCGGGAAUUAAUCAGAUUCAGCAGCCUCAUGCAUGAAGACAGGAAUUAAUCAGAGUCAGCAGCCUCAUGCAUGAAGACUCUGGCUUAUAUUUUUACUGAUGUCUUUUCUACAGUAUUUUUUUUUUUUUUUUAAUGUAUGUAGAGUCGGGGAAGUAGAGCAGUUUUCCAGUUCUAUCCAGAAAACCCUCAACAGGUAUUUUGAGCACAUUUGCCUUAUCUCAAGCCACAGGGCUGAAAGGGGCCUUUUAAUUUGUGAGAAUUUCUGUUAGAUCAAGACAACAACUUCUACAGAUAAGUUUGAGUAUUCUCACUACGUGUUUGCUGGAUAAUGUAUGGCUAGUAUACUGAAAGUUACACGUUAAUCAUUUCUGGGAGUCAAAGGAUCAACAAUCUGUUACAUUCUAGCUGAAAUGUAAAAAUAUUUUGGUCUUUUUGUGGCACAGAUCGUUUCAUGCACUUGUAAUUUUGGUGUGUGUAUAGGUUGAGUUGAUUACAACACAGGCCAUGAAAGCAGGAUUCACAGGAGGCUUAGUGGUUGAUUAUCCUAACAGUACUAGAGCUAAAAAGUGAGUAAAUACUGUACAAAUUAUUCUUGUAUGCGUGGGCUAAGUGAUGCUUUCUUUAUAAUUUAAUUGUGAUCUUGCAAUUUCCAAGGCCAACUAUUGUUACAGUAAAGAGUUUCGAAAGCUGUCAUUUGGAGCAUGGGCCCUUAAUCAUCAGAGCUAACGCUUCAAAGGUCAGCUUUCUAAACUCUUGAAAGUGGCCAGUUUACAUUAUCAACUUGGUUGAUAAAACCAACUAUUACCACUUUAUUGGCAUAGCCCCACCAAUACAGCACCACAGUUUCUUUAGAAAUUCAACCCUUUCUUCCAACUGAUUUUUCAGAAUAUUCCUGUGUCUUUUUGCUGGUGUAGUUGGGGACAAACUUCCAAAGGUACAUUGGUUGUUUUUUGUCAAAAUUGACUGAUCUCACUGGUGACUAUUUAUUGGAUAAUUGUUUCAGAUUUACCUUCUACCUGAAUCCUUAGUUUGACAAGUUGAGAUCCAUAUUAGUUUUUGUUGACAGUUUACAAUUAAUGAAUGUGGUGGAUGUUUCAGUGUCAUCGGUGUGAUGAUAAGUACUGUACUUACUUUAUUUGUUUUCAGAUUUACAUUUUGAAACCUUUGUAAAUAUGUAUCUAUUUGUAAAUUUGAAGUGGUUAGUGUUUAGUGGUUAGGCAUUUGAUGUUAACUUUAUAGGCUUGUCUAAGAACAUCAAAUUAAUCAAUUUUUGAUUUUGAUAGGGCCUUGGCACUGAGGAUUCCAAAUCUGUUGAGGAUAGUGUUCAAUUUAGUGGGAAAAGGUACAAAUUGAACUUGAUACUAUUCCUGUCAACUUGAAAUUGAAGAUACUUUCCAAUAUUCAGAGCUGACUGGAAAAAAGAGGUUGCUUGCUGCAGUGAUUUCCUUUAUUGAUCAGAAUUGUCUGACCAGAUCUAUCUGUCAAUCUUCAAGUUUUAACUACUAUUGUUGUGAUGGCAUUUGUAUCAAGAAAAAAAAAUUCCCAUUGAGUUUCAGUAAUAAUUUAUGUGGUCAGCUGGUUAGGACAAAUGGAACUCACCCUAAGGGAUGAGGUUUUGGCUACUGUUUCUAAAACUCCAAUCUCAUGUUGAUAUCUAUACAUAUGAUGAAGAAUUAUUCACCUUGCUUUCUUGUAAAUGAUAAGCUUCUGCAAACCAAACUGCUUUGAAAAGAUGUGGACCCUUAACUCUUGGGUCUGCAGAUUAUGACCCCACAAGACAAUAACAAGGUUGCGUUUCAGUUUCUCAGGUUAAGAAAUCAUACAGUCAUACUUGAAUACUCAACUUAGAGGCUGCCAAAUGCUGAUGUUGACCAAUGCAUAUGAAAAUGUCAACUUAUGGGGGCUUGGGAUUCUCCAAACAUUUUCAGUAGCUUCCAAAAUGUUGUCCAACUUUGAAUAUGUUUGGAAACUAGGUAAGGUUUGGGGAUCCUAGCUAAUAACUUUCGGCCAUGUUCCACAGACUGUCACUGUGUUUGGUCCAUUUUAGGCUGUAGUAAUUGCAUUUGUUGCACAAAAGACGAAACAAUGGUUAGAUUGAGUUUUAUUGCUUUGUAUUAGAGAGAGAACAAAAGUACCACGAGGAAAAUCAAUAAAAAAGAGCAAGGACUGGGUAAAAGAAAAGAAGGACAGGAGAAGACGACAGGGAAAGUAAGGAGAUUUGCAAAAUCAAUCACUGGUUGAGCACUGAGGAUACCUUAGCCCUUUACCCCCUAACAUCAGUAUCCAUAUUCUCCAUACUAUUCACUAUACAUAUCCCAAGGUGCUGACAAAGAGAAUUUGUUCAAUAAUCAACAGCUGCUUUAGUUGGUGAUCAUUUCCUCUAUUCCCAUGACCUCAAUGUUUGAUUCAAGGGUGAUAUUGUAAGGAGAAAUUAGAUUCUAGUCACUCUUAGGGGUUAAAGGGUUAACCUCUCUUUUGUUGGAGGAAAGGAAGUCUAAUGGAAAGAUUUCUUGAGUUCAUUUUACCCUUUAUGUCCAAGAUCUGAUUGUCAAUUCCCCCCUUCAGCUGCUAUACUUAUCCUUGUAAAUUAGUUGCCAUAAUUUGGUGUUAGAUCAAGAUGACAUCUUUACUUAAUAAGUUUCAGUACUCUUAUUAUCUGCUUGAUAGAUAAUGUAUGGAUAUUGCAAGAAUAAGUAACAUGUUAAACACUUCUGGGAGUUAAAGGGGUAAAGCAUUUUUUUACCUAAAACGACACAGAACUAUUAGAAAAAAAAUGUCCUAUUUCUGUUUCAGAGAAGUAAGGCCAGACUCCAAGUAUACAGGAAGGAAAAGAAAAUCCACAUUUUAACCUUAUCUUUCAUGAUGGAAUUAGUCAGGAACUAAUGUGGCAGCCUCUUGGAACAAGAGCUAUUAAUGGUCUUGAAGAUAUGCCCAGUCUUCGUUUCUGUAAGCGGAAGCACAAGUGCUCAGUUAAAUUACAAGGAGUUUGCUGAAAUUAAUCAACAUUACAAUGUGGAACAGUCAAUAAGGUUGUCGCAGAAUGAUGCACAAAGCUACAUAGCCAUGCAUGCAUAUAGCUUUAAACUUGAGAAUUGGAGAGCCUUGACCUUCCUCUUUAACUUACAAAAUAUAGAAUAUUAUUUCAAGUGAGGGAGGGAUGAGUGGGUGCUUACCCCCCCCUCCUCUCCUCCGCUCAAGGUGCAUCCAUGAAUGAGCCUUCUUAGAGCCAGAAGCUACCUUCUGUUGUAAAAGUGGACAUGAUUUUAAGGGAAACUUUCUGAAUUCAUGCACAAUAUGUUUUACAACUUUGAAUUAAUAAUUUCUUACCU